AUGCGACUGAGAGACAUUCUAAUUGCUGCCCUUUUGAGUUUCGGGGUUGACGCUCAAGAUGACACACUUGGUCUCAGUAGUGGAUAUACGUCCUUGUCAACGGCAAACUUUGACAUCAAACUUGUAAAGGACUCUCAGAUUCUCGCUUCUCUCAAGCCAACUGGAGAUGAUUUUGACUUCUUGCCAUUUGACUUCAUUUCAUACCGAGCGGGGAAUGGUCAAUAUCAUAAUGGCGAUAUAACAUAUCGUUAUCGCGCAUCAGGAACUACUCGUUGGCUUGCGGGCGAUUCGUCAAGCACAAGGGAAAAUGUGAGAGAAAUAGAUUCUACAGCACUUGCUGCCGCAGACCUUGCGUCUACAUUGCCGAAUGGCUCACCUCUUCAAGUUGUUCGAAAAUGGUUGGAUGUCGAUGGCGACCUAGGCCUAUCAUUCACCUUGACAAACAAAGGAAAUUCAAGUCUUGAAAUUGGAAGUCUCGGGUUUCCAACGGAGUUCAAUAGCAUUUUCUCCAAUCGCACGGCGGAUGAUAUGUCCGCCAAAUGCUCUUUGACUGAUCCGUACAUAGGCUUGGAUGCCGGUUAUAUCCAAGUCACGCCUACAGCUGGAACUGGCGCUGCCUUGAUCGUCACUCCACUCCUCAACACGAGCACCUCUUUUGAGGCAUGGAGAAAUUUGAAUGAAGCCAGCACGGAUCCUUUGUACUAUGGGAGUCAGACCUUUGAAGGUUUCUACGAAUGGCAGUCCCAUACCAAGGCCUAUGCGGAAAAUGAAUGGUCAAAUGUGACGCCUUGGAAUGAGCCAAGUUCUCGGGUUCUUAAAACCGGAGAAUCCAUCACGUAUGGGCUUCGAUUUUCUGUUGUCAAGGAUGGUAUUCGGGGUAUUCAAAAGGCGGUCCAGUCAACCAACACGCCUUUGACGAUCGGAAUCCCGGGCUAUGUCGUCCCCGCUGAUCUCACUGCCCAGCUCUACGUAUUCCACUCUGCCAUUUCCAAGGUUGAAUCGAGUGAUGGCGCGUUCAAGAUCACGAAGUCCCAAAACAACGCGUUCGCUCUCACGCCGACGGGGUCCGUCUGGGGUCGAACCAAAGUCACCAUCACGUACAAAGAUGGCAAAGUCCAGACUGUGCAUUACUUCGUCACCGAGUCAGCCCCAGCAGUCAUCAGCAAACUCGGUGAGUUUUCAACGACAUCCAUGUGGUAUAAUGACACCACGGAUCCCUUCGGGCGAUCUCCAUCUGUUAUAACAUGGGAUCACUCCACUGGUGCACAAGUUCUUCAAGAACCUCGAGUUUGGAUAUCGGGGCUAAGUGAUGAGGGUGGAGUGAUCUACCUAGCGACCGCAAUGAAACAGUUUGGUCUCGCCGAUGCGUCAGAAAUAGCCAAGCUGGAGCAAUUCGCCAACAAAGUGCUGUCCAAGAAAAUUCAAAAUUCAGACUUCACGUACGACCAAUCAAUCAACUGGGACAACUGGUGGUCUUGGAAUAAGGAUGCUUCGUAUGCUACAGAUCGGGCAUAUGACUAUAUCCAUGUUAUUGGGGCUUAUUGGGCAUUGUAUCGUGCAGGGAGAGAUAACAACUCCGUUCUGAAAGUUCAUGACUGGCAGUGGUAUCUUGGGCAGGCUUACAACACCACAAUUGCCUGCUUCAAGACUGAUUCAAAUGGAGAUGGUUUGAUAGGUUACUCACGCCUAGGACUGAUGGGCGAGACCGUUGUUGGAGAGCUUCUUGCCGAUCUUCAGCGCGAAAAUUGGUCAAAGGAAGCAGAUGCCGUGGAAGCCGCGAUGAAACUUCGAGCUGAUGCAUGGGAAUCUCAGACAGAACCAUUUGGGAGUGAGAUGGCAUGGGAUUCGACAGGCCAGGAAGGGAUCUACUAUUGGAGCAACUAUUUCAAGUUGACGAAUACCGCUACAAAAACCAUCGAUAGUAUUCUAGGAUUUAUGCCGACAGUGUCGCAUUGGGGAUGGAAUGGGAAUGCCCGACGUUAUUGGGACUUCAUCUAUGGAGGGAAGCUACAACGUAUCGAAAGAAUGAUUCACCACUAUGGAUCAGGGCUCAAUGCACUUCCUCUUCUUUCUCAAUUCCGCCAAAAUCCUAAGGACACUUAUCUCCUUCGAGUCGGCUAUGGGGGUAUUACUGGUCCGCUCAGCAACAUCCGCCAGGACGGCUCCAUGUAUAAUGGCUUUCACUCAUUCCCAGAUACCCUUCGCGGCGAUGAUUAUUCUGGAGACUAUGGACCCAAUUUCUUGGGCGUCAUGCUUGGCUCGGCUUCCUAUGUCGUUGAUGACCCCGAUAUCGGACUGGUAACAUAUGGAGGAAACAUGGCAGUGAGCGGUAGCACUGUUACUGUGCACCCGCGAGACGCUGUGCGACGACGAGUUUAUGUCGCUCAAAUGGGUGUUUACGUCGUCAUCAGUGCUGGCCAGAUCGACAGGUACUCCUUUGAUAAGUCCGAUGCAACCACUCUGCGUCUCCACAUUGUGUCCGGUCCUGCCAAAGUAGUUAAUGCGAUUAUCUGGGUGGAGACCCCAGGGACAAAUGACGAAUAUGCAGUGACGGGAGAUAAUAAGAAGACCCGAGAAGGAUGGCAAGUAAAGCUUGGUUUUGGGGGAGUAGAUGUCACUGUCUCCAAGCAAUGA